CACAACAUUAAGGCUAACACUGCAGAAUGACUUGCUACUAGGUGCAAUGUCAAUUAUUGAGAGGGAUAUAUUUCCACCUAUAAAGCAAGCAAGUGGAUUGUUAACCUGGUGCUAUAAAAAUUAGUGUGCAUCUGGUGUGAUAGACUCACUGUCACCAACCACGAUAGUUGUAGCAUUAAAACUGCUCUCUCCCUGGCCAGCUCCAUUUAGGGGGAUGACAGAGAAGUUGUGCACAUGACAAGGACUGAGGUAGUCAGGAGUGAAGAUGAGGACAGAGUACCAGAUAUCAGGAUCAACACCAGUCACAUCCAGAGAGAAUGGAGCACUCCACGAGAUGGUCACUGAGCUGGCAUUGCUGAUUACUCUCAUAUCACCUACUGCUGACAGUGGACCUAAGAUAUGUCACUGUGGCAUUGUCACUCUCCACGAAGGGGCCACCAUAUACCACACACAGACACUGAACUAUACUUCCAUUGUACUGGGCUCUAGCUGGGAUGGUCAGAUUCGUCACCAAAACACCUUCAGAAGUAGUAAUCUCUGAGACAACCAGAUCACGAAGUAUGUUAGGC